AUGAAGAGCAUCUCUAUUCCGGCUAUCCUUCAUCUCUCGUGCGACCCACCACAUGCUAGUCGAAAGGGAACUCUGCUCUCCAGCGCCAGCAAAUUCUUCGACACCGACAUGCAGUCCAUCAUCUCCAUUUGGUUAGCAGCCCCGCAAGGAGGGAGGAGGAGUCUUACAGCUAGCUCCCGCGCUAUUUACUUCGUCUCCCGGCUCAAAACUGCCCCAGCUAUACUCAAAAUUCGCACCCUGGGUGACUUAGGAGGGGAGGAGGAGUCGUCCUACUCUACAGUCUUACAGCUAGCUCCCGCACUAUUACUUUUGUCUCCCAGCUCAAAACUGCCCAAGUUAUACCCGAAAUUCUCACUCUGGGUGGCCUAUAGGAGGAGGAGAAGGUAA